UGUGACGAGAAACUGGCGGGUGGGACAACUUGGGACCGCGCGUCAAUUCUUUGCGUUUAUUCGGUUUUUAACGGAUUUUAAAAGCUUCAUUCUUUUCCCCCCAGAACUGACUGACGUCAACAGAAUAAAAGGGGUCUAAUGUGUAUGAGGUCAUCACCCCACCACCUUCAGGGACCAUGCCCUGUCUCCAUAGCAACUUCUGGCCCCAGGUUGGCCCAGAGUGAGUGUGGGUCAAACCAGGCCUGAGCAGGCCUGACGUGGACCAGACCAGGCUGAGGUGGGCCCCGAAGCAGGCCAGAGUGAAGCAGAGACAUCAUGCACCAGCUGUUUGGCCUGGUUCUCGGCCAGAGGGACCUGUCGCGGGCCGGAGACCUCUUCUCCCUGGAAGACUCUGAGAUAGAGGACUGUCUCUCACAGGCCCUGGAGGAAAUCAAGGCUAUCUCCUGCUCUCCUGACUACCUGACCAAUGACAAUGACCAGGCGGUGGUGGAGAUCUGCAUCACGCGCAUCACCACGGCGAUCAGGGAGACGAGGUCCAUCGAGCGCCAUGGGGGGGCGUUAGUGAGUCUGUGGGAGUCCUGUCUGGAACACAACCUCACCCCCCAGGGCAAAGACGAAGACACACCCCAUGCCAAGAUAGCCUCCGACAUCACCAGCUGUAUACUGCAGAACUACAGUCGUCCCCCAGUGAUGGCUCUAGCAGUGCCGGUGGCAGUGAGGUUUCUGCAGAGAGGCAACAGAGAGCUCAGUAGAAACAUGUCCAGUUAUCUCUCUCUGACUGCCAUGGAUAAGGCUGAACUACUGGCUGAACACACAGAGGCUAUCACCUGCAGCGUGCUGGGAGGUAACCACAUGCUCCUACGCGUGUUGCCGUCCGUCUACCCCAAACUGCCCCAUGCCAUCCAUCGUCACCUAGGCAACCUGACGGCCAUGAUGUCACAGCUCGAGUCACCGGAGCAACAACACCUGCUGAGGCUGAUCCAGAUGGUCGCCGAGCAACAGCCACAGGUGCUGAGCCCCCUGGUGCCCUCCCUGGUUGGUUACCUAGGCGAUGCCUCUCUGAACGAGACCCUACUGGGUGCACUGGUGUACGUGUCACAGGCUAGCCCCGCCUCCAUGGCCCCCUUCCUGCCCACGCUGAGGGUUGUGGGUCAGCAGUACCCAGUCCUGCUGGGACACGUGGUUAAAAUACACAGAGCUGUGGGCUUGACCAGUGAGUGUCAGGCCCGUAGCUCCCUGGUGUACCUAGUUUCUCUACUGGGCAGUAUGGAUCACAGCUUCCACCACACUCUCCUGCUGGAGAUCAGAGCCCUGACUGACAGAUACACCUCCAUCCUGGGAGGCUGUGCCAAAGACAUCUACAGGAUGAGUAACAGCUUCACCUCUAUAGCCAGACUACUGGGGAGAAGACUGGAGACAGACACUACUAUCAACUGCAGGGUUGAAGAGGAAUCAGAAGGCCCUCCCUCCCCUUGUAUCUCAGAGGCCAGUGGGGGUGCGGGGGUGUGUGGAGGGGGAUCAGAAGGCCCUCCUUCCCCUUGUAUCUCAGAGGCCAGUGGGGGUGGGGGUGCGGGGGUGUGUGGAGGGGGAUCAGAGCAGCGACUGCAAGUGAAGAUCCAGGCGUUUGAGGAGAAGAUGGGGGAGGAGGGGGGAGAGGGGUCACCUACACCCCAACGCAGAAACAGCAUGGGACAAGCCACUAGAGAGAAACACAGAGAGAUGAGGUUUAACAGGUCAAAGAGUCUGGCUCUGCAAGCUGUGAGGUCACGGUCCGUCAACUCUGACAGCGAUCAGGAUGGAGAAGGGGUGGAGCUAACACCUGACGCAUUCCUCUCAGAAUCCCCACCCAAUCAGCAAACAGAAGCCUUAGAUACCUCUCCCACUGAGAGGAAACUAACCAAUGAGAACUCCCUGUCUCCCUCCACCCCUCCAGCCACUCCCUGUGAGGAACAGAGGGAUGGACAGGGAGAGGGGGAAGGAGGGAGAGGAGGAGGAAUAGGAGAGGGGAAAGAGGACAAGCUGUACAGCCACCUGAGGGACAACAUGGAGAAGAUCAAAGAGUUCUGUUCUGAGAUGGUUCAACAGAUCCCCAUACCAGAGCACUGUGUCAUAGAAGACUCGAGGCAGGGAAGUGUGAAGCUGUCGUUCUCGUGCCCUCUGAAGGGCCGCUACUGUCUCUAUACCAAGUCCUGUUUCACCCUCACCAGCCUCCAGCCACACCUCUGGAUCAACAUCAUGCUGCUUCAUCUACAGAGUCAGCACAGCGCUCCUCUCUCCUCUCUGGAUGACAGUGUGCGGAGGUUGGGGAGACUGUGGGAGGGGACCCAGCUAAAAGGAUCUCACAGCUUCUCCAUGGCCAUGACCCAACAGCCCACUCCACACAGAAAGGACCUGGACAGUCUGCAGAUCCAUCUGCAGGAGGUGCGUUUCUAUCACCUGUUUGGAUUCAGUGAAGAGGAGGGCAGCUGGCUCUGCUAUAUGUGCAACAACCCAGAGAAGGCCACAGUGGUGAACGAGGAUGGCCAGCCGCUGAUAGAGGGGAAACUGAAAGAGAAGCAGGUUCGCUGGAAGUUCAUCAAACGCUGGAAGACUCGCUACUUCACCCUGGCAGGAAACCAACUCCACUUCCGGAAGGGAAAAUCUAAGGAUGAGCCAGACGACAGCACCAUCGAGCUGAGCAAAGUGCAGAGCGUCAAGGUGGUGGCUAAGAAGCGGCGUGAGCGGGGUCUCCCUCGGGCCUUUGAGAUCUUCACAGACAAUAAGACGUACGUCCUGAAGGCUCGUGAUGAGAAGCAUGCUGAGGAGUGGCUCCAGUGUAUUAAUGUUGCCGUGGCCCAGGCCAGAGAGAGAGAGAACAGAGAGGCCAACACCUACCUGUGACCUUGUGACCUGGAAGAUAUUCUACCGUGACCCGUUCCUGACCCAGAAACACAACACACUACUGUACCAUCGACUAACAACAGUCCUGUGAUGUCCACUGUUUUUGAUCAAAUCAAAUCAAAUCAAAUUUAUUUAUAUAGCCCUUCGUACAUCAGCUGAUAUCUCAAAGUGCUGUACAGAAACCCAGCCUAAAACCCCAAACAGCAAACAAUGCAGGUGUAAAAGCACGAUCACCUGACAGUCCUGUGAUGUCCACUGUUUCUGACCACCUGACAGUCCUGUGAUGUCCACUGUUUCUGAUCAUCUGACAGUCCUGUUUCUGAUCACCUGACAGUCCUGUUUCUGAUCACCUGACAGUCCUGUGAUGUCCACUGUUUCUGAUCACCUGACAGUCCUGUGAUGUCCACUGUUUCUGAUCACCUGACAGUCCUGUGAUGUCCACUGUUUCUGAUCAUCAUAUCUGCCAGCUGAGACUGAUAUCCAGACAUCAUUGUCAGCAUUUUUGGAGAGUCUAUCUAUAUACAUUUAUGAAGGCUAUUGUUUUAGUAUUUAAAAGCAAUAAGGAUCUUACUAUAACUAAUGACCUUCUAUUUCCAGCAAAAGCGAUCGACUAGUCAAGGUGGGUGGAAUCAGGCGCAGAGAGCAAAUAAUGAAUAGAGGUUUAUUCUCCGGUGAACAACAAUAAACACGGACAACCCAAAAAUACAAACAGGGUGAAAAAUAUCCA